GCUUCGGCCUUGGGAGAGCUGUGCCCUACUGAACCUUUUACGUAUAAAUCCUUAUGCUGUUGUUGCGUGGUUAUAUUUGUAUAUUUAUAUCUUUGGAUAUAAAGAGUUAUUACUCUUUGUUCCUUCUACAGCACCUGUUUCCUUAACAGAUUCUUCAAAUGGCCUUUUACCCAAAGGGCUGAAACAAACCGUUAAGUUUCUGUCAGUGACCUUGACCAUCCUAUAACAGCAUUUAGAACAAAGCUGCGCUUCCAGCUCCUCAAUUUACAGUUUGUGGGGCUACAAAGGCGGCUCGGAUUAGUUCAGCUACAUUCCAUAGAUAAAACAAUUCAAACUGCUUGUAAAAUUUUUUUACUUUGUGUACCCAUUGUGGUUAUUACCCAUAAAAACCUGUGUGAGGGCAAUGGCUUCCUGCUCUUGUUACCUUGAGUUGGUAAUUUUUAAUGCUACUUAAGCAACUUUUAGUUCUGUUUUUGUCCCUGGAUGCGACUCUUUCGUGCUCCUUCUGAAAUCAAAAGUUAUGAUACCUUUGCUGAGCUGUGUGUUUGGUGGCAAACAUCAGUGUGGUGCAUAUAUAUAAUAAACUUCUUAGAAAAGCAGCAAAUUGAACAGCUAAAUAGUGUUUUCAGGAAAGUACUAACGCUUUACAACAAAAGUAAAAAAAUCCUGGGUAUGUUAUAGUUUGAGAAAUAUCAGUGCAAAGCAUCACUUGUGGUUUUGUUUCUUUUCCCAUUUAGCUUGAUUUAAAAGGUGAGCGAAGGUUCUGCCAGAAACCUGCAUAAAAACCAUGAGUUCGGGAGAAGAAAGCAUCUGCUCUCCUGAUUCAACAGUAUCUUCUCUUUUAAGAAGCUUUAGUAUUGACAGCGCUACUCCCCGCUCCAACAGUUGGGUUCAUUACAAGGACAAGUUGUAUAGCUCUGCGUCUGAGGCUUUGGAGGCUUAUAUUGAAGAUUUUGAUUUAAGUCUCACAUCUCCAGGCAUAAGCACUGGAAAAAUCUGCCUGUGUCACAGCACUCCCAAACAGACCGAGUUUUCCAAGCGUCGCGCCAAAGCAAAACGUGGUAUGUCAUCUGCAAAUACACCUUUUGCACUGGGGGAUGUCAGUCAGCUGGUGGGUUUGGGUUCUCGUGCUUCCCCCUCUGGAAGGCAGACAGAACAUGACCCGGACUCCACCAGUCUCGCAACAGAUGAUCUGUUGGCAUUUCCUGCAGAUGGGUCGCUGCCUUUUGACCUUUUGAAAUCAAGGCAUCCACGCAGUGCCUGGAACAGCCGGUCGCUUAACACGUCUCGCUGCCCUUGCCAAACCUCAUCGCUCGGUGCCAAGAGCGCUUUUGGUCUCCAGGAGGAUGGGAAAGCUGUUGCUCGCCAGAAUCCGCACAAAGACUUGAGCAAAAAGAAAGACCAAGUGUCUAAACCUGAUGGGUAUGAUGCUGUCGCCUCUAAGGGAAGUUCCAGACCCUUGUCUUUGGAAGAUAAUUCUUUUUCAAUGAGGAAUUACCCACGGUGGCUCACCAGCCAGAAAUCUGCCCUGAGUGUGUCAGGGAUAAGCAGCAUCCCUGAUUUUCACUACCCAGCCUGGCUGAAGAGUUACAACCUCUUUCCUGAUUCAGCUCAAAGCGAGGGGCAAAAUGUUAAUGUACAAAGCAAAGCUUCCUCUUCACAGACAUUGGAGACCCUGCGAAAAACACACUCUGGAGAUCAAGACAGUUCUAAUUGUUUUGAACAGGAUUGCUGGAAUCAAAGAGGUGCUAAUAAAGUAGAAGGAAGUUGCAACUCUGAUCCAGAAGACCAGCUGGAGUUCCUUACCUUGAAGGCUGACAAAGGUCUGGAGGGUUCAACCCAAGAUGUGUCAGAUACUCCGGAAGAUGCCGCGAGUCCUUCUACCACAGAAAUACUGGGAGCAGAAAGAUCAUGGGAAAACGCUCCAGCUGCUUCCAAAGCACCGGUGCCUGUGUGCUGUGAGGACAUGGGGAGCGCUCCACCCCUCCCCAAGGCAGAGAUCAUCCACAAGUUCCUGCAAGACUGCUUGAAUGACAAAAAUAAGGAAGCCGUUUCUUGUGACGAUCAGCAUCACAGACCCCUUGAAGCUUUGAAGCUGAUGCUGUUUAAACUUCAAGCAAUUCAGGGAAGCUUCAGCCAGCAUGAAACUGCUGAGCAAGAGGAAGAGUUGGAAAGACUUUCUGGACAAGCAGAGUCUGAAUUCAAACUGUGUGACAGUGAGAUAACACCUCUUACUAAUUCUAUUCAAAAGGCUUUACACCAUUUGUCACGUCUCCAAAGUCUUGAAGAUAACAGCAAGCAACAAGAGCAGACCAGUGAUCGUGAAGAUAAGCAACAAAUGAAAGAAUAAUCCCUGAAGCUGAUAUCUAAGAACAAUAUUCUGUAAUUGAAAUAAUUUGUCAGCCUGACCACUGCUCAAAAAUCUUUUGAAAGCUGAACCAGUGCGUGUUCCCAAAAACGUUGUAUUCAGUAUUUCUGUGCAUGUGUUAAUAUUAAUUACUUCAAAGCUUAGCUGAUUAUUAGUGCUUCCAGCAGGAUAUAACAAUAUGUGAGGAGAGAUACUGCUUUUUAAUGAGUACAUAAUUAAAAUAAUGUGAAUGUU